ACAAAGUGAAAGAACCCUCACCCAUUGAAUUCCGCCUCACCCUCGCAUUCGGCGCCGCCGUUCUCCGCCUCUCUCUUUCUCCCUCCCUCGUCGCCGCGGCCUAAUCACCUCUUCCUCUUCUAGGGUUUCCUCCUCCCCCAAUUUCCUCUCUCCGGGUUCGAUCUCCUCCCCAAAUCCCUAAAACCAUCUCUUCCUAUAUCCCCUCGCGAUCCCGAACGAUCCACAAAGAUCCAAACCCUAGAAAUUCUUAGUUCCUAUGAGCGCAUAAUUUCAUAUCCAAACCCUAGAAAUUUGCUGCUUGUGUUGGAGGAUCUGAUUCUGCAGUAGUGGAGCAUUGUGCAGAUUCUCGACAGAUCGGAAAUCUCGCAUCCAAUCACUUCAAAUCCUGUUGUUCCAUAAAUACAUCAUCUACAACCUCUCCUAUCUCGGAGGGCAAACUUCUUGACAGAUUACCUUCUCCCGUCUUCGACGAACAAUCCUGCAUGAGCCGUUAUAGAUCCUCGCUCUAUCGCUGAUUUUACAACUUGAUUAAUACUGUAAUGGAUAAAAGUUGGAUAAAAAAGAGUAGAUGGACAUAUGAAUAUUACAAAGGAGCGAAUGAUUUUGUGGAUUUUGCUUUUAAAAAUGCGUCAGAGGAUGGGAGGAUUUCAUGUCCUUGUAUGAAAUGCACAAAUUCCUAUAGUUGGACUCGGGAAGUUGUACGCGAUCACCUGAUUUGCAAUGGAAUUAGUCCUAAUUAUGAUAAUUGGUUCUUUUAUGAGGAACCUAUAUCUAGAGCCACAUCUAAUCCCACUAAUGAGAGCCAUAGUUUUCCGGUCCAUAGUGUGAAUGACAGUAUACGUGGUAUGCUACAUGAGGCAUUUCAAAUGCAUAACAAUCAACUUCAAGAUGACUUUCAAGAUGAUAGUGAUUUUCAAGACUCACCUGGGGAAGGUUCUAAUUCACAGCAACCUAAAGGUGCUCCAAAUGAAGAUGCAAGUAAAUUUUAUAAGUUACUUAAAGAUGCUGAACAACCUUUGUACAAUGGUUGUGAGAAGUAUAGCAAAUUGGCAGCUAUUGUAGUUUUAUAUCAUUUGAAGGCCCUUCAUGGGUGGAGUAAUAAAUCUUUUAGUAUGCUCCUUGAAGUACUAAAAGAUAUGCUUCCUUCUGAUGCUAAGUUGCCAGAUGAUUGCUAUGUCGCGAAAAAAUAUAUUAGGGACCUAGGCCUUGGAUAUGAAAAGAUUCAUGCAUGUCCUAAUAAUUGUAUUCUAUUCUGGAAAGAGAAUGCAGAUGGUGAAGUUUGUCCAAAAUGCAGUACAUCAAGAUGGAAAACUAAUGAGGUUAAUAUUAAUUUAGAUGCGGAAGAAAAGUCCAUCAAAAAGAAAAAGCCAGCAAUAGUCCUACGAUGGUUCCCUCUAAAGCAAAGGCUUCAAAGAUUAUUCAUGUCCUCAAAAACUGCUUCUAUGAUGAAAUGGCAUGUUGAAGGUCGGACGAAUGAUGGGUUGUUGAGGCAUCCUGCUGAUUCAUUAGCAUGGAAAAGUUUUGAUAGGCGAUAUGCAGACUUCUCGUUAGAUCCUCGCAAUGUUAGGCUCGGAUUAGCAACGGAUGGGUUCAAUCCUUUUCGAACUAUGAGCACUAAGUACAGUUGUUGGCCUGUCAUCUUGGUCCCAUACAACUUGCCACCAUGGGUAUGCAUGAAAAGGUCUUCCUUGAUUUUGUCAUUGCUCAUUCCAGGCCCGAAUUCACCUUCUAUUAGUAUAGAUGUAUAUUUGCAACCUUUGAUCGAGGAGUUAGUACAAUUGUGGGAGCUCGGCCUUGAUACAUACGAUGCAUCUGUCGGAGAGAAUUUUUGUAUGCGUGCUGCAUUGUUAUGGACAAUCAAUGACUUUCCUGCAUAUGGUGACUUAUCUGGAUGGAGCACCAAGGGUCCUCUUUCUUGUCCUUCUUGUAAUUAUGAUACUCGCUCUCGUUGGUUAAAAUACGGUGGCAAAUACUGCUUUAUGGGCCAUAGGCGAUUCCUACACAAGAAUCACAGAUUUCGAAAAGAUAGGAUAUCAUUCGAUGGCACUCAAGAAAAGGAGUUGGCACCUAAAAUAUUAUCUGGAGCAGAAAUUUUGGAGCACACUCAAUACGUUGAAUGUCACUUUGGUAAGCAUAUUAAUAUGUCAAAAGGAAAGAGAAAAAGAAAUAAAAAUAUAGAGUAUCAACCAUGGAAGAAAAGGAGUAUAUUUUUUAUGUUACCUUACUGGGAACACCAUCUGUUGCGUCACAAUCUCGAUGUGAUGCAUAUUGAAAAAAAUAUCUGCGAUAAUGUUCUUGGCACAUUAAUGAAUUUUGAUGGCAAAUCAAAGGACAAUCUGAAGGCACGCCUUGAUUUAAAAGAUAUGGGGUUACGACCUGAGCUUCAUUCUCAAAGUGUUGGACUAAAUAAAAUUAUUUUACCACCAAGUUGCUUCACAAUGUCUCUAAAAGAGAAGGACGAGUUUUUAAAAAUUUUGAAAAAUGUGAAAGUGCCGGAUGGCUACUCAUCUAACCUAUCACGCUGUAUUCAGCUUAAGGAACGCAAAAUGAUAGGUUUAAAGAGUCAUGAUUGUCAUAUUUUAAUGCAACAACUUCUUCCGAUAGCAUUGCGUGGGGUUUUGCCGAAGAGAGUAGUUGCACCUCUAAUCGACUUGUGUUGUUUCUUUCGUGAGUUGUGUUCCAAAACUUUGGAUGUACGUGAACUUGAGCAAUUGGAAUCUCGAAUUGUGGAAACUCUAUGUCAUUUGGAAAUAAUCUUUCCUCCUUCGUUUUUUACCAUUAUGGUACAUUUGGUCGUCCAUUUAGCUACUGAAGCCAAAAUUGCAGGACCAGUUCACUAUCGUUGGAUGUAUCCUAUCGAGAGGGCUCUCUUUUGGCUUAAGUCUGAGGUACGUAAUAAGGCUCAUCCAGAGGGUUCAAUUGCAGAAGGCUAUAUGGUAGAAGAAUGUAUGACGUUUUGCUCAAGAUACUUGGAAACUAUCGAGACAACAUUCAAUAGGCCCGCUAGGAAUAUCGAUGAUUCAAUGGGAGCAAUAUCAAAUAUUCUUCUUGAUCAAAAGUCAUGGAUGCAAGCUCAUCGAUAUGUACUGUUCAAUAGUAAUGAAAUAAUUCCUUUUCGUAGUAUUCAUAAAAGUGCAAUAAAAAGGCAGAAUCGUGGAACACGCCCAAGUGAUAUGGUUAUAAAUAAGAUUCAUGUGGAGAAUUUUGUUGAUUGGUUUCGAUCAUAUGUAAGUAAACUCCUAAUUAUAAUAGUACACUAGAUCUUUUUGUUUAUAGAUUUAAUCAAAGAAACAAAAAUCAAUGCCAAAACUACUAUUUCUACUACAAAAUUCGUAACUAAUCUCUUCUUCUAUAUGCUGAUACUACACAAUUAAGCUUCAACCACAGCUUACAAGA